GAAGGGAGGGAAGAGGAUGGGUAGUGACAACAAGAAUUACGAGAUUUUGGGGGUCUCUCGUGAGGAGUUUGAGAAGGAUCCUAUUCCAUCUGGACGCGAAGAUGGGAAUGAAUCUUUUUGUUCAAAGGAAGGGAAGGGUAAAAGACUGUGGAAGAAGGUGAAAUAUCAGCUAGUUGAAUACCAUUCGUUGCCCGCGUAUUUGAGAGACAAUGAGUUCAUUCUCGGUCAUUACCGAUCGGAGUGGCCGCUUAAGCAGAUCUUUCUUAGCAUCUUCUCCAUCCACAACGAAACUUUAAAUGUCUGGACGCACUUGAUUGGGUUCUUUCUUUUCCUUGCUCUGACCAUUUAUACGGCAAUGAAGGUUCCAAAGGUCGUGGAUCUUCACUCUCUUCAACAUUUUCCUGAUGUGCUGAAGAAGGCUGAUCUUCACAAGAUCCACUCUGAACUCCUGACAUGUAUUCCAUCCAUACCCAACAUGGCAGAUUUGCAUAGACUGCGGGAUGAGUUGAAGUCCUCCUUAUCUUCAAUGGAUUUACUUCCAUCACCUUCGGGUUGGCACAUUGUGGAACUUCUUAGUAACUGCUUGCCUGAGCGAUUCUCCAAUGGCAACCACACCGAUGUUUGUGUUCUGCAUGGCAUGAAAGAGGAUAUGGCAAAUAUAAUAGCACCCUUGAUGGUGCGGCCGAUAACACGGUGGCCUUUCUUUGCCUUCUUGGGUGGGGCCAUGUUCUGUCUCUUAGCCAGCAGUACAUGCCACCUUCUGUCUUGCCAUUCCAAGCGCCUAUCUUACAUCAUGCUCAGGCUUGACUACGCUGGCAUUGCUGCCCUCAUCUCAACCUCCUUUUAUCCGCCUGUCUACUACGCUUUCAUGUGCAAACCCUUCUUCUGCAACCUUUACUUGGGAUGCAUAACCAUCCUUGGAAUUGCGACAAUCAUAGUUUCUCUCCUCCCGUUUUUUCAGAAGCCUGAAUUCCGAAACAUUCGAACAUCCCUCUUCUUUGGGAUGGGAAUGUCAGGGGUGGCACCCAUACUGCACAAGCUAAUCUUGUUUGGAAACCAACCUGAGGCUCUCCACACAACAGGGUAUGAGAUACUGAUGGGGAUUUUCUAUGGGAUUGGAGCCUUGGUCUACGUUACAAGGAUCCCCGAGAGGUGGAAACCCGGGAAGUUUGAUAUUGCGGGACACAGCCACCAGGUUUUUCAUGUGUUGGUCGUGGCAGGGGCUUACACACACUACCGUGCGAGUUUGGUGUACCUCAGGUGGCGAGAACAAAAAGGGUGUUAAGACUUGAGAGAGUCAGUCAGUCAAUGUGA